AUGCCUCAACACAAACGCGGCCCUUGGUCGCAGCAAGAAGACCAAAUGCUGCUUCACCUCGUCCAGGUCCACGGAGCUCACAACUGGGUACGAAUUUCAACUACCAUCCAAACGAGGUCUCCAAAGCAGUGCCGGGAGCGUUAUCACCAGAACCUCAAACCAAAUCUGAACCAUGACCCCAUUACCCCGGAGGAGGGAGUUCUCAUCGAGCAGAUGGUUGCCGAAAUGGGCAAGCGAUGGGCAGAAAUCGCCAGAAGACUCCGUGGCCGUAGCGACAACGCCGUGAAGAAUUGGUGGAAUGGUGGCAUGAACAGACGU